AGUUUGAACAAAAGCGUAGCAGGAAACACUGUCGUUCAACUUUUGUCUUCGUGAACUUCGUGGUUAUUCACGUAAUUCGAUACCCACUAUCAAAUGAACUGUGAUCAGAAAGGCACCAAGUUCAAUUCACGGUUCUUAGAAUUGUCAGUUGGAUCAAGCAAAAGUUUAACUAAGCCAAUUUUUCCGCGAAAAAAAUUUAUUCUCCGUUCUAAAUCAAAACUUCAGCACAAAUAAUGUAAAGCAUUUUUUUCUUCUGCGAAUGAAAAAAAAAGGUAGAAUUCCAUGUGAUUUUUUUCUCUCUCAUUUUGUUCACGCAAAAAGUUCGAAAACCAGUGACAUCUCUCAAUAUAUCAAAGGAAUUUUCAAAAGCCGUUGAAGUGUCGUUUUAAACAAUGCGUAUCGAAAGUUGGCUAAAACUUUUAUCCCGCUGUCGGUGAAAUCGAUGGUGUUUUGUUGUGUUCGUUGUGUUUUCUUUCUGUCGCUCUUUCGCGCCGUUUAUCUCUCUGUGCAAUAUUGAAUACAUUUCUGUGUUUCUGUGUGUCCCACUUUUUGUACGAUACUCACAUUAUUGGUGGCUUUUUGAACCACAUUCGGAUUAUUGUCAAUAAUCCAUAUACGCGUAAUUGUGUCGGAUUGUCGUAUUGAUUUGUGCUCUGUUGAGCACACGGAGAGCGAGCGAAAGAAGACGAAGAGAGAGCAAGUGAACGGGAUUUGUGUGUUAUCAUUAUUUGAGUAAACAAUGGGAAUCGGAGGGGAUUGAAACAAAACAACAAUCCCAGUAGCUUACUUUUCUACAUUGGAUUUAAUGCAUAAACGCUUUAGUGCGGAUUUAUUAGUGCUCUCGAGAGUUGAAAACAAUAUUUAUGUGAGUCUUUUAUCGCUAAAUUAUUCGCAUGCAUAAUAUAGUGAUGAUGUAACAUUCGAUUCAUUUACAACGAUUUAUAUACCGAAUUAAAAAGGCAUGCGAAGAACAAAACGUUUGUGAAAAUCAUAGACCGAUAAGUGUGAACAAAUUAACAACAAGUACAACGACAAAACUCAAACGUAUAAACAGCGAAAAAAAAAUACAUUUAUCGCUGUAAAAACAGUAAUCAGAGCAUAAAAAGUUUUGACUAAGCUGAUUUCGAAUGGUAAUCGCUAUAGUAUUAUUUUGUGGACGUGGAAAAAAACAGUAAUUAAAAUUGCGCCAAUUUUGAUUAAGUUCAGUGACACGGCAAAGGCGGAAAAGUACCAAAUACGCACCAUUGCCAAAUAAAAUCAAAAACUUUGAAUCUGUGCAAAAUCUCGGGUGUUGAGCGUGAAAGGAAAAAGGAGACAUUAAUCGCGAAGUAAACACUUUAAAUUGAAUUUAAUCCAAAAAUCGCUUGUGUUUAUAGAUAGAGAGAGAGAGAGAAGGAGAGACAGAGGGACACAGUUACAGCAGACGCAUGUGAUUAGAAUAAUUACAAUAUUAUUAAUUCAACGAUCCGAAGCGCUGUCUCUUCACUCUCUGUCGUAAAUGUGACGAAGCGGUGUCAUUUUCAAAUAGAUAAACUCGGAUGGUCUUAUGAAAAAGGAACCAUAUCGUCGCACGCAUCCAAGAAGUUGAGAACAACGAAACUGUGUCGCACAGAACAACCACGGAUUAUAAUUAAGUUUUACAGUUCAGAGAUAUUAGCGCACCGGAUUACAGGCAUUCCUUCAACGUCGGAUAAAAGUUUUUCAUUCUACAAGUAACACACACACACACACACACAUACCCAUACACUUUAAUCCGCGGCAUGAAUAAUAUUCAGCGACUCGCAAGUAAUAUGGAUAUUUCGUGAACAGUUUCGGAUCGCAUACCGCGUUUGUGUUGUGUAACGUGAAACUGUCUAAUGAAGAACGAUUCAAUCAAGAGAACCUUUCACUUGGUUUAGUCUAUAAUCACAUCUAAUACGUAUUAAUUAAAGCGUGGUAUUGAAAGCAACACCCGAAAUUGAUAACACUGAUUGAAACCAAAUCGGAAACGGAUUUGGACUGUGACGAAGGCAACGAAGAAGUGAGAAAGAGUUUUUUGUGAGUGGGAACUGAAAACAAUUAUCUGUGCUGCCCACGAUACAAUUCAAGUGGUUAUUGUUCACAAGCGAUUCAAGUGCUUUUAUUUUGGGUUCAACGGUCUACGGUUGACUUCAUCAGCAGAAGCAGCAACAUCAGCAGCAGCACUAACACUGAUAUGUAAAUGUGUCGAUGCCAGUGGUUCAGCAAACACAGCGGAAAGAGUUGAAGUCACACGGUAAAAUAGACCCUUGUCUGUCGUUCCAUUGAAACCUUUUAUCACUCCGGCCGGUCGUUGCGCAACCAUUCAUCCACUCGAUACAAGAUCGAGGGAAAACCGCAUCAGUUGGUUGCAACCACUUCAUACUACGAUUAUAUCUUCACAAAUAAGCGUACACCCUGUGCGGUGCCAUGUGGAGAGAAAAUAUCAUGUGGCAAACGGUUAACGGUAACCCAAUUAUCAGCAUUGUGAAAAUGCAUUCGCCGCACAAAGCAUCAACAUGUCACUUGCCAACGAAAAUCGUCAGGAAAGAACAAUAAAAGCACAUAAACUAAACAAACGCAACACAAUCGAAUUAUUUGCGUGUAGCAUGCUGCAUUGAUAUCGCAACAGAGAGCAUCACAUCCGCACACUGCAUUUGCAGCAAGAGCAAAAAAUCAUGCGAGGAAUAUAAAUUUUGCUUAAAUUUUUUUUGUGCAUACUAAAAGCGCUAGCUUCAAAGAGAGAGCAUUCAACCAACGGAACUAGCUAAUAGACGCUUUUGCUAUUGCAAACAAUAUUACGGCAACGAAACGGGAAAUCUAGUUAGUUCGUCAAUGAAACUAAUUGGCAAUUCUGUGCGCUCUUACAAUCCAUAUCUCCCUCUCCAUCGCCAAAUGAAAUUCAAAAGACACACAGCAUAAACUGAACAAAUAAUAAAUUUAUGGUUCUGAUGACAAAAUAAAAUUAAUUCAACGGAAUAACCAUUUUGUGGGCUAGACUAUAACUUUCACAACUAAAUUGAAGCUGAGUGAAAUUAUUUGGUGUCGUGAAGUAUCAUCGUCAAAGUAUUUGUUGAAAAUUUCAUUUCAAAGUUAGAUUCUGCGAAACACAAUUGAAUUAGGACAGAAAAAAAGGCUUCACCAUGAAAUUAAAUCUCUUAAAAAUUCAACAACAAAAAACUGACAAUUAAAUUUCGACGAAAAUUGGAACCUUUCUGUAUGUAAUAAAGACGAUUAAAAUAAAUCACCCUCAACGAACAAAAAAAAGCACAACUUUAAGUUAAAAGCGAGAAAAAAAUCCACUACUGCCGAUGAAAUUGCCAAUAAUAAAAAAACGGUGUAAAGUGAAUUUCAAAGAACACAAUCAUAAUUGUGCAGUAAAGUACUUAGCGUGUAUAAUGGUGAUGUAAAAUAUAUUCCAUUCAAAAAUUGCAUUUAAAUAUACAUGUGAAUUGCAGCAAAUACAUAAAACUGCAUAUGCAUAUUAUUAUCGUGAAUAAAAGCCAAAGCCGCGGAGCAAAUAACAAAAACAACAGCCACAGCCACACAAAAAAACCGUUUCGAAUAAUAAGUGUAGGUUGGGGUAUUCACAGAGUCAAAUACAGAGCGAUUAAGAGAUAAAUACGCAUUUAACAGUAUAAAAAGCAAACUUAUUGGCCAAAGCGUUCGGAAACACAGAAUCAUCACCGCAGCCACUGCCACCGCCGCCACCAUGAAGGGAAAAUACAAAAUCGGAUGGGCGCUUUUUUUAUUUAGCAUUUUAAUGCAUUUCAAAACGAUCCAGCUAUCAAUUGUAAAACCACGCGAAGGCGAUCCAUUUGAUUCGUUUCCAAAAAAUUUUUGGCAAGAAUUCUCAUCACCAUUCACCGAUACGCCCGAGGAAAAUGAAAUCGAAGACGGCGAAGAGACGACAACACACGAACCGUUCCCAUAUUUCGAUGAACCCAACGGUAGUGUCAAUGUUACAACACAUUUAGGAAAUAGCGUGCAUUUACAUUGUCGAGUAAAUGAUUUAAACGGCAAAACAGUGUCUUGGGUACGUCGGAAAGGUGAUGAACUCAAUUUGAUAACUUUUGGCCGCCACACGUACAGCAGUGAUUCGAGAUACUCGCUUGAAUACAUUGCACCAAAUGACUGGCAACUUUUGAUCCAAUAUGCGAAUGAACGAGACGAAGGGCACUACGAAUGUCAAAUAUCAUCGCAUCCGCCGUUGGUGCUUCUGGUUUAUCUCACGGUUGUGGUGCCAUACAUUGUAAUAGACGAUGACAGAGGCGUUGCGACACCGGAGAAAUUCUACAAAGUAGGCAGCACCAUUGAGUUGAAGUGCAUCAUUGAUAAAAUACCGAAUCGCUCAAGUUAUGUGCUAUGGAAGCAUGGCGAACGAAUGCUCAACUACGAUACGAGUCGUGGUGGAAUUAGCGUUAAAACUGAUUUACAUACAGGCAAAGCUGUCAGCCGAUUAUAUAUAGCAAAUGCGAAUCGACACGACUCCGGUAACUAUACGUGUGCCAUUGGCGAUUUUGCAAAAGUCACGGUAGCGGUUCAUGUGCUGAACGGGGAGAAUCCGGCAGCGAUGCAGCACGCAAGCAGUAACCGAUGUUCGCCAAUUGAUUGGGUACAUUUGUUCAACCUAAUUGCAACGAUUUUCUACUUUUUACGGUGACUGUAAUUGGCCUGAUUUCUCUAAGCAUCUCCUAUAUACGCAUACACACAUAUAUACACCCCAGAAAGAAUGUUAUCCAGGCAGAAAAAAAACUGAUGAAGGUAAUGGAAUAAAACCCGAACAAAUCAAACUUGAAGCAUUUAUCAAGUGAAGACAUCAUUAUUUAAGCGUACAGCAUUAAUAUCGUCUGAAUGUAAGGCAGCAUUAAAGUGAAAUAGAGCGACAAAAAUUGCGCCAUUGGAAUGGAGAGCAGACCCAAAUGGCAGCAGAUUCAAACCAAAGAAUGAACGAACGUGGAGAUAAGAGAAGAAUGGGGCAUUAGUGAUACGAGACAAAAUGAUAUACAGCAGAGAGAGAGAGAGAGAGAGAGAGAGAGAGAGAGAGAGAGAGAGAUUGGAACAAAUGUAAACUUCUUUGGAGGAGAAAAUCAACCAAAUUAAAAUCAAAUCAAGCAUAAAAGCCAGUCGAAUUGAACUACCGCAUUCGGUUGGACAUUGCCAGUCGCAUUUUUUUUGUACUUGUGUAUAUCGUUCUCUUGCUCUAAUGCCCCGGACAUUUGCUAAUAUUUCAAAUUAGCUAGAAUGCGACAAAUCGUUUGCCAUGGUUUACAAAAUACACACACACAUGAAUGUUUUCAUCGCAUGUUAUACCAAAUUGAUUAACAUCAAUAGAAGAAGCCGUUGCUUAGCAUUGAAAUUGGACGCAAUGUGGUGUUUUACUUAAAUUGAUACAUAAGUGGUCUAAUAAAAUUAGCAUAGUAACUAUCAGAGAAGAGUUAAGAGACAAAAAUCAUCACAUUCAAUAUGAAAUCUAGAAGUAUAUUCACUACAUCCAUGGCAACCACCGCGGUUAGAAUGGUGGAAUUCAUUUAUAGAUAUUUUGAAUAUGUUUUGUAAAGUGAUCUAGAAAGGGAUUUAAACCACAAGAGAAAUAUGUCAUAUGAAUCAAGCUUCGAAUUAUUUUAAUUUGACCAUGAAUUUGUGUUGCAUUCGCAACAGGAGAAGAGGAGUCGUACUCAUGGCGCUUAGAACUAAGAGUAGGCUAAAUUCAAAUCAAAAUCUAUGUAAUACUGAUAAUUUAUGUAAAACCACAGCGAUAAUAGAAAGAAAAGACAAAGGCUUUUAGCAAAGGUAAAACAAAAUUACGUCUUCAUUAUCCAUUUAGUCAAAAUGUAGCAAAUGAUACACACCGCAUACUGUAUAUACACGUGGAAUUUUCAUAAAAUGGUUCUCAAUACAUUAAAAUUAAAAGUAUAUAAAUCUAUGAUGAAAUAAAAAAUAAAAUAUUGAGUGAAUAUGUGUAAAUCAUCAUUUAUCUAUUCUGAACCGUUCUGGUGCACACAAACAUUCUUACAUAUUAAGAAAAAUGAAUGCCACAUGAUAUGUGGAAAAUGAAAUGUAAUGCACGUAUGCGCAUAAGAUAUUACUGAAUUAUAUUUAAUGACAAUGCAUAUAAUGUUGUUAAUUACAAUUUGCUGUAAUGAUGAUUCAUUGCAAUAUUGCUCAUCAAUUUUAUUCCAUGUGACAACACAUCACACACUCACCCAUCUAGAAUAAGCAUUUCUCCGAAGAAAAUUUCAUGUUAAUGUAUUCGUUAUAUAGAAUUUAUUUGUUCAAAACUGUCACUUUAACUGAUGAAAUGUCGAAAUUACAUUACAAAGAAGAAAUUUACAACGGUGUAAUAGAUAUCAUAAAUGUCUUAUUUAAAACAAACAAAAAGUAUCCAACUUAUCCAAAGUUCAUCGAUAUUUAACUAGUUUAAGAAUGUACAAUUGAAGAUUAACUCACACAAGAGAUUGUUGGCCGGAAAAUGCACACAAAAUAAGUCAAAAAAGAUGAAAUGGUGAUUCUUACCGAUUCCUCCAUACUUACCUAGAUGCGAACCAUGCAUUUUAGCCAAAUUAACUAUACCAAAAUAAAUAAUAUGUCAUAUCUAAUCCAACAAAAAAAAAACAACAACAACGUUUUCACAAAAAUAAUAAUGUCAAGGAUUUUGUUUGGUUUUUUUGAUCAUUUCGUUUUUUACCUUCGCUUUUUGACAUACAGAUUUUUUACAUUUUCCGACAACAACAACCGUUAAUUCCAAAACAGAGAAAUACUGACGAUUGAAGCAAAGUACAUAGCGCCGCCUAGUAUGAUGCGACGUUGGAUGCGACGUUUGCACGAAUCAACAUCUCUGUGUACAACGCACACAUAGACUCUUUGCAUUCACAUGAACGUACACACAAAGACUUUACUUUCACACGUACGUAUAGUUACAGAAAAUUGUAGUUGGCGGCGCUCCCAACAAAGUUUCCAGUUCUAAACGUUAAACAUUGCUAUAGCAUAUGAGCUAAGUAGUUUUGGUUAAUUCCGUGAUUAUAGUACAAUAUCGAUUUGCUAGUCUGAGUUAUAAAGUAUCGUCUAUUUCCAAAUCAUACAGCGGCUGGUGUGAUGUCGAAGUAAAUUGACCAAGUUUGGAACAUGCUGCUAUUUCAUCCCCAUGUUCCAAAUCGAAUAUAUUCGGAUAUCUUGGAAAAGAUCCAUCGGACCUUAACGAUAUGUUAACAGAUAUCGAACAUGAGUCCGUUAUCAUGUAGAAUACAAUGAUAUUGUUGUUAUAAGCACGGCUAAAAAGACAUUUUUUCUGUGCGACGGAUUCAAGUUUCACUUCUGCAAAACCUUUAACAUGUUUCGGAAUUAAUUUUUCGUAUAGCUAUGAAGGCAACAUACAUGAGCGCAUGUUGUUUCUUUUUUAAAUUUCAAUCACACCUUACUUAGUAACAAUGAUUUAUUCGUUUAUUGUAGAUCGAACACAAUUUUGAUUGUAUUUCGAUGUCAAGCGACAUGUUUCAAACCAAAUUUUAAUAUUGAUAGCCCAAUGUUUUGCCUGCUACAUUCGAAAGUUGUACAAUAUUUUCUUCGGGGUGUAACGGCAAUGCAUUUGGCCUAAAUAAAUUCUACAAUGAUAGUAUUAAGCAUUUUUUUUGGCAAUAACACAGCUCUUAUUAAAGCUAGCAAAUCAGUACAGUAAUGUAACUACAAAUCCACUCAACAUCGUGACAUGUUCCCAAUCCAAAAGUGACCACAGACCAUUUAACCAUAGUUAUACUCCACCCUCUCUCUCUAUAUUUAUAUAUUUACCCACUUUGAUAUCUGUUGACUUAUGUAAUAGGUUGAAAUAACACAUGUUAGUCGAAUUGAUUGGGUGGUUUGUCACUUAGUGAACAGCAAACAUAAAAGCCACUGCAAAUUUGUUGAAUUGUGGUUGGUAAUGAUUAAGAAAUGUGAAAACACAGUAUCCACUUCAUUUAUACACAGCUCAGAAGAUUCAAUGGAAGCAUCUAUAUAAUUGUUGCCAAAGUGUUGGCAGAAGUCAGUUUAUAACAUGGAUAUAACCAAAGGAUUAUAAAAAGAAACCGUAGCCCAAUACAGUCUGUCACUUCGAAAGAAAAAAAAUAUACUCGUAGAUAUCAGUAAUAAUCCUAUAAUUAUUAUUGAUAAAAAAAAACACAGCUCAAAGUCCAUUUUGCCCUCCUUCCUCAUCAUAUUUUAUUACUAAAAACACUCUUGCAUCCCUUCUUUUUCUCGUUCAAGUUUAAAAGUGAUAUUUUAUUGAACAAUUGGACAUCUUCUCAAGCGCAUCGCAUUCAAUCGAUUGCAAAUGACUAUUUUUUUAUAUUUUAGUUUUUAGUUGAAAUAAGGUCAUGUGAAUAAAAUCCGGAAAAUGAAGUAUUAAAUAAACUAAGAAUAAAGUAAACAAAAAAA